CAUUGGCGAACAACGACUUGACUCUCUUUGCUGUUGCUUUCUCUUCAACCCCCAUCACACCUCCCUCACCAUGCUCGCCCGCUCCCGCGCCGCACUCCCCCGCCCUGCUCGCCUCCUCACGGCCAACACGGCCGCCCGCCGUCACAUGGGCUCCAAGGACGUCGUCUUUGGCAACGACGCCCGCCAGGGCAUGCUCAAGGGUGUCGACACGCUCGCCAAGGCCGUCUCGGCGACUCUUGGUCCCAAGGGCCGCACUGUUAUCAUUGCCCAGUCGUUCGGCGGCCCCAAGAUCACCAAGGACGGUGUCUCGGUCGCCAAGGCCAUCACCCUCAAGGACCCCGUUGAGAACCUCGGUGCUCGCCUCGUCCAGGAUGUCGCCUCCAAGACCAACGACACUGCUGGUGACGGCACCACCACCGCCACUGUCCUCGCCCGCGCCAUCUACUCUGAGGGUGUGAAGAACGUUGCCGCCGGCUGCAACCCCAUGGACCUCCGCCGCGGCUCGCAGAAGGCCGUCGACAAGGUCCUCGCCGUCCUCGAGGCCAACAAGCGCGUCAUCACCACGUCGGAGGAGAUUGCCCAGGUCGCCACCAUCUCGGCCAACGGCGACACCCACGUUGGUGCCAUCAUUGCUCAGGCCAUGGAGAAGGUCGGCAAGGAGGGUGUCAUCACCGUCCGUGAGGGCCGCACCAUUGAGGACGAGAUUGAGAUCACCGAGGGCAUGCGCUUCGACCGCGGCUUCAUCUCGCCUUACCUCAUCACCGACGCCAAGACCCAGAAGGUCGAGCUCGAGCACCCCCUGAUCCUCCUCUCGGAGAAGAAGAUCUCGUCGCUCCAGGACAUCCUCCCCGCCCUCGAGGCCGCCGCCGGUGCCCGCCGCCCCCUCCUCGUCAUUGCCGAGGACAUUGACGGCGAGGCCCUUGCCGCCAUCAUCCUCAACAAGCUCCGUGGCCAGCUCUCGGUCGCUGCCGUCAAGGCCCCCGGCUUCGGUGACAACCGCAAAUCGAUCCUCGGCGACAUUGCCAUCCUCACUGGCGGCACCGUCUUCACCGACGAGCUCGACGUCAAGCUCGACAAGGCCACCAUCAACCACUUUGGCCAGACUGGCUCGGUCUCGAUCACCAAGGACGACACCAUCAUCCUCAACGGUGAGGGCGACAAGGCCAACAUCACUGCCCGCUGCGAGCAGAUCCGUGGCGUCAUUGCCGACCCCACCACCUCGGAGUACGACCGCUCCAAGCUCCAGGAGCGCCUCGCCAAGCUCUCGGGCGGUGUUGCCGUCAUCAAGGUCGGUGGCUCGUCCGAGGUCGAGGUCGGCGAGAAGAAGGACCGCUACGACGACGCCCUCAACGCUACCCGCGCUGCCGUUGAGGAGGGUAUCGUCCCCGGUGGUGGUACCGCGCUCCUCAAGGCUUCGGCCCAGCUCGACUCGAUCGAGGUCUCCAACUUUGACCAGCAGCUCGGUGUCUCCAUCAUCCGCAACGCCAUCCGCCGCCCCGUCCGCACCAUUGUUGACAACGCCGGCGAGGAGGGUUCGGUUGUUGUCGGCCGUCUCCUUUCCGACGAGUUUGUCGCCACGGACAAGUUCAACUGGGGCUACGACGCCGCCACCUCGCAGUACCGCGACAUGAUCUCGGCCGGUAUCCUCGACCCCCUCAAGGUCGUCCGCACUGCCCUUGUUGACGCUUCGGGUGUCGCCUCGCUCCUCACCACGUCCGAGGCCUGCGUUGUCGACGCCGAGGACAAGUCUGCCCCCGGCGGCAUGCCCGGUAUGGGCGGCAUGGGCGGCAUGGGCAUGCCCGGUAUGAUGUAAGGUAGCUAGCUGGCGAUCAGACAAAAACGCUUGUGUGAAUCAGGCAUAGGAGAUACUGCAUGGGAGAAGUUUGUACGCAUUGAUGGAUCACUGCUCAGUGCAA